AUGCGCGCUGCAAAAUUUCUUUCCUGGACCGGCCUCGGGCUGUCCAGUGUGGCUUCAGGACAUUCCACAUGGCCUCUAGGGAAUGGUUUCAACAUUGCUGUUGAUAAACCAACCAACCAUCUGUCUAUCACUCAGCGAGACAGCAUCAUCUGGGAUACGGUACCCGGUAAAACGUUCCUCAGUGCUAGCGCAGGUAAUGAUACUAUCCUGGAAUCCUCUGGCAAUUUCAAAAUUGAGCAAGUGGAUCGGAACAAGUGCGAAAACCAGAAAGUCACCCAAGUGUCCCAUCGUGCUUGGGACGACAGUUUCAAUGAUCAUGCUGUGGUGGUUUCCGGCGACCUCACUAGAUGUGGGGAUGAAAUGUCAAACUUCUUGAUUGCGUUCUGGGUGCCAAUCAACCUGCCAGACCGUGUUGCGUUUCAUGUUAGCGUCAAUCCUGUUGACACAUCGGCAGAUCCCCUAAACAAGAUCUUUUUGGCAUACCGUUCCUUUGAGACUGAAGACUUUUACGGUCUGGGAGGCCAAGCAUCCUUUUCGUCAUUGAAAAAUCAAUCAGUCCCCAUUUUCUCGCGAGAGCAAGGAGUUGGCCGUGGUGAUCAACCCACCACGCACCUCGAGGAUUCCGAUAGUUUCUUUUCCGGGGGGAAUGAAUUCACGACUUAUACUGCUGUUCCACAGUAUAUUAGUUCGACCGCGCGAGUUUUCCACCUUACCCAAGAAAGCACCGCCUACGCAAACUUUGAUUUUCGUGACCCUUUGGCAGUCACCGUUCGAUAUGACGCGUUAAAUGUCUCCGGAUAUUUCAUGCAGGGAAACAACAUUCUCAACGGUAUUUCAAUGCUCACUGAUUACACGGGCAGGAUGGCAGAACUGCCGAAAUGGGUAGACUCUGGUGCAGUCCUUGGAAUCCAAGGCGGACAGGAGAAGGUGAACAGGAUCGUCAAGGAAGGACUCCAACAAAAUUGCCCAAUUGCAGGAGUUUGGCUGCAAGAUUGGUCUGGGACACACGCACAAAGCGUUGAUUGGAUGAGCCUCAACGUCUCGCGGCUCUGGUGGAAUUGGGAAUACGACACAGACCUCUAUCCAACCUGGGACAAAUUUGUUCAGGAUCUACGAGACCACUACGACGUACGCACUUUAUCGUAUAUCAAUCCGUUUCUGGCAAAUGUAAGCACGAAGUCGGACGGAUAUCGCAGAAAUCUGUUCCUUGAGGCAACAGAACAGGGCUAUAUGAUUCAAAACUCCACAACCAACGGAACAUCCAUCAUCUCAAGUGGUCCCGGACUUGAUGCUGGGAUUCUUGAUCUCACCAACCCUUCCACACAGUCCUGGUUCAAAAAUGUUCUUAUGGAACAGGUCUGGAACGCCAACAUCUCAGGGUACAUGUGUGACUUUGGGGAGUAUACACCUGUGCUUGCCGACACCCGCUUUGCCAAUAAAAGCGUGGAUCCGGCUUUCUACCACAAUGAAUACCCCCUUGACUGGGCCACCCUACACCACUCGCUUCGCAAUGAACUUCCUCAGAUUUCUGACGCCAUCAUCUUUCACCGCUCUGCAUCACUCGGUCAAAACCGCCACAUGAACCUUUUCUGGGCUGGAGAUCAGGACACCACUUGGGGCGUGAACGAUGGUAUCAAAUCCGCUGUGACUGUCUUGGGUCAUAUGGGCAUGUCUGGAUUCGCACACGGACAUGUAGAAAUUGGGGGAUAUACGACUACCUGGGACAGCUCUGGGAUCGUCAAUCGCUCAGCCGAACUUCUUGGCCGUUGGGGAGAGCUGGCCGCGGUCUCAAGCGCCGUAUUCCGCUCACACGAGGGGAGUGUGCCUCAAGUAAACACACAGUUUUACACCAACACAUCUACCCUUGACUACUUUGCGUACAACGCACGAAUGUUCAGCAGUCUGGCCACCUACCGACGACGGAUUUUGGAUACCGAAAGCAAACCUUACGGCUGGCCCUUGCUCAGAAUGCCUGUAGUUUACCACCCGGAUGAUGUGACUGCGAGACACAUUAGCUAUCAAAGCUUCUUCCUCGGUCCGGAUCUAUAUGUCGCACCGGUUCUAGACCCCGGGACAACGGCCAUCCAGGUCUAUUUACCUGGCAAGGAUGAAACAUACACCCAUGUCUGGUCAGCCAGGACAUAUCAGGGAGGACAGAAUAUUACCGUGGGAGCGCCCUAUGGCAAGCCUGCUGUUUUCAUUGUUGGGAAUUUGACGCAUUCAGCCUUGGACCCGUUCCUGAAGUUUGUUCACGAAGAAAACAGCACUAUCGUCAAGGUCUGA